UUCCAAAUCACCAUGGCAGCUUUCCUGGUGUGCAUGACUCUCAUGACGCUCUCUGUAGUGACAGCGCAGUACUUUGGCCAACCGGAGCAGGUCCAUCUGUCAUUCGGAGGGAGUCCCAGUGAGAUGAUAGUGACAUGGAGUACAAUGAGCACAACCAAUCAGUCUGUGGUAGAGUUUGGGCUGAAGGGUCGCCCCAUGUUUACCCAUAGGGCCUCGGGUUAUCAGACAAAGUUCACCGAUGGAGGAACACUUCAUCGCAUUCAGUACAUCCAUAGGGUUACCCUCACAGGACUAGAGCCUGGAAACUCAUAUGUGUACCACUGUGGGAGCCCUGAAGCAGGCUGGAGUGACAUACACACCUUCACAGCUAUGAAAUCUGGCACAGACUGGAGCCCCAGCAUUGUACUUUAUGGAGACUUGGGUAAUAGCAAUCCUCAGUCCAUUCCCAGGCUACAGGAAGAUGUGGCCAAGGGCAUGUAUGAUGCUGUCUUUCACGUGGGUGACUUUGCUUAUGAUAUGCUGACUGACAAUGCUCAGGUUGGGGAUGAGUUUAUGAGACAGAUAGAGCCAAUAGCUGGAAAUCUGCCUUACAUGACAUGCCCAGGAAACCAUGAAAAUGGAUACAACUUUUCAAACUAUAGAAACCGGUUUACGAUGCCUGGCGAUGAAGACGGACGUAAGAUGUUUUACAGUUUCAAUAUCGGCCCAGUCCAUGUGAUAUCCUUCUCCACUGAGUUCUACUUCUAUGUUCAAUAUGGUAUCCACCAGAUAUUUGACCAGUAUGUAUGGCUUGAGGAAGAUUUGAAGGAAGCAGCCAAACCUGAGAACAGAGCAGAGAGGCCAUGGAUCAUUACCAUGGCACACCGGCCAAUGUACUGCUCAAACUACGACAAUGAUGACUGCACCAAGUCCGAGAGUAUUAUCCGCACCGGUUUACCGAUCGUCCACAGUGCAGCCCUGGAGCCGUUGUUCUACAAGUAUGGCGUAGACCUGGAAUUUUGGGCUCACGAACACAGCUACGAGAGACUGUUUCCAAUCUAUAACAGAGUGAUGUACAACGGUAGCUGGGACUUCCCAUACACCAACCCUAGAGCACCGGUACACAUCAUUACCGGAUCUGCUGGCUGUCAGGAAAGGCACGACCCAUUCAAGAGUAAGUUUGCCAGCUGGUCGGCCUUCCAUAGCCUGGACUACGGCUACACCAGGAUGAAGGUUCUAAACAAGACUCAUAUCUACCUGGAACAAGUCUCAGAUGACAAGGGCGGAGCUAUCAUUGACAGUAUGACUCUCAUCAAAGAUUCCCACCAAGCUUAUCGCUCUUUUCCACAGGACAAAUGGUUUGAUAUAAAAUCAAAUUAAUGACUUUAUUGUGAGGUCAUGAGAUUACAUUCCUAGUAGGGUACUUUAUAUUGAACCUGUACAUUGUGCCAUGCAGAAUUUUUCCCCUACAAAAUGUAUAUAUAUAUAUAUAUAUAUACCUGUGCAAUGAUAUUUCUUGAAUUUAACUUGUACUGAUUUGCAUUAUGUGAAUUUAAUGCAGUUGACAUGAAAACUGAAGAAAUUCCUAUUAAUAUGAACCAUGUAGUGAUAGUUUUUUUGCUCAUUAUUUUGUUUUAAGUUAUAAAACUUUAUUUACUAUUGUUUACAAAUAGGAUGAAAGUACGGUGCUUGAUUCUGUUUUUUAGGGGGAAGUCAUUGAGGAUUUUGAAUAACAUUUAAUUAAUUGUUACCAUAUUUUUUUUUCUUUACAUUUGUAAAAAUCAAUUGCAAAGGAUUUUGAUCUGAAAGUUAUAAGGUAAAAUGUAUGGUGAUAAUAAUGUUUCAUAUUUCUAUUAUUUUGUUAUCAUGUUUGCAAUUUGUAUCUUACAUGUGUGUUUGGCCAGAAAUAAAUCAAACAGCACAUCACAUCAUAAACACAGUCUAUAAUUUGAUUGAAACGUCAUAUAUCUUCUUUCCCUUGAGGUUUGGAAUGUUGUGAUGUAAAAGUGGCCCUGAAUAAUUCAUAUCACAAUCAGUGAUAUGACAAAAACUGUUACAUUUUGUAACAUAAAUGAAAAGACAACAGUAACGUCACAAUGUUUUAAAAGUAAGGGGAGAUAAGCAAUGGACAUUUUCCCUACAAUUUUCGACAGUUGUAAAGAUUUAUACUAGAAAUAUUGUAUUCAGACAUAGACAUCUUUCACAGUCUUAUACAAGAAAAGCGUGUUAAAAUGUGUUACAUUCACCUUUAUGUUGCAUUUCUUUUGAUUUUUAAAUGAACUGCAUAUUUGUAUGAUGUCCAUUUAUUUUGUGUUGUGAUGAUGAUCACUAUAAAAUGUGACUUUG